UGAAGAAACUGAAACUCACCUUGUCUUCUUUAUAUCUGAACCCGUUUCUAACUUUAGCUGUCAUUCCUCUUUUUUCUUAUUGUAAUAUUCUUGCGUGUGUGAUGAUUUCUGAACUCGGUGUUAUUCAUUCACUUGUUAAACUCCAUCAAAAACACACCACUUUUGAUUUGCAAGAGACUCUCCGAGUUGAUCUCUGUUUUCAUUCACCAACUCCAAGUCUCCUCCAACCUUGAUCAGAGGUUGCUUAAAGGGAGUGAUAGAAGAGGAGGAGGAGCUCAAAGAACUUGUCUUGUUUUGUGAGUAUCAUGCCGUAUUUUAUUCAGAGGCUUUUCAAUACUUGCAAGUCGUCUCUGUCACCUAAUGGACCUGUGUCUGAGGAGGCCUUAGACAAGGUUCGCAACGUCUUGGAGAAAAUCAAGCCGUCUGAUGUUGGUCUCGAACAGGAAGCUCAACUGGUGCGCAACUGGUCUGGUCCUGGGAGCGAUCGUAAUGGAAACCAUAAUUCUCUGCCAGCAAUUAAGUACCUUCAUUUACAUGAGUGUGACAGCUUCUCGAUUGGAAUUUUCUGCAUGCCUCCUUCGUCAGUCAUACCACUUCAUAACCAUCCAGGCAUGACUGUGCUAAGUAAGCUCGUUUACGGUUCAAUGCAUGUGAAAUCGUAUGAUUGGGUUGAGACUGAUCCAUCUGAGCUAGACAAUCCAUUACAAGCAAGACCUGCAAAGCUGGUGAAGGAUACUGAUAUGACAGCCCCUUGCUCAGCAACCACACUAUAUCCAACAACAGGCGGCAACAUCCAUUGUUUCAAAGCCAUUACUCAUUGUGCUAUCUUUGAUAUCUUAUCUCCUCCAUACUCUUCUACUCAUGGAAGACAUUGCAACUACUUCCGUAAAUCCCCACUACAGGACUUGCCUAGUGAGAUUGAAGUGAUGAAUGGAGAAGUGAUCUCAAACGUGACAUGGCUUGAAGAGUAUCAACCUCCAGAUAACUUUGUGAUAUGGAGAGUUCCGUACAGAGGCCCUGUGAUCAGAAAAUGAGACAUGGAAAAAAGAUUUGAAGCAUACAAGACGAGAGCAGCAAGAAGAAGGAGCUUAUCAUCAGGAGAAUAAAAUUACUAAACCGUUCAGAAAGGCGUUGCUGCUUUGUGGUCAAGAAGGUUCUUACAGACUUGUGAGCUUCAGCCUACUUUACUUAGAAUGUUUUACUAUUACAUAUACAUCCUUACGAUUACUCUACUAUAGUUUAAUAUGAUAGCUUUUCUUUGUCUUACAUAAACACAAUUGCUCACAAACAAUGUAUUUAGUUUCAUUUUUGUUUUCCAUUGAUACUUUGCCUUUGGUUA